AUGGGACCCAGCAUCGUAGCAGAAGUGCAAGAGUUCUUUGCCUCAAGUCUCAUGCCCAGUAACCUGAUUGACACUCAUAUACGUUUAAUCCCAAAAGUGACUGGUCCUAAGAAGGUUGCAGACUAUCGUCCUAUAGCCCUCUGUAACGUGGGCUAUAAGAUAAUCUCAAAGCUCUUAUCCCGUCGGCUCCAACCCCUUCUAGAAAGUCUAAUAUCAGAAAACCAAUCAGCUUUUGUCCCAAAGAGAGCAAUCUCGGAUAAUGUUCUAAUAACCCAUGAAGUCCUACAUUUCCUCAAAACCUCAAAAGCUAAAGUUUCUUGCUCUAUGGCCGUUAAAACUGAUAUGGGCAAAGCAUAUGAUCAACUAGAGUGGAAUUUUACCCGUAUGGUAAUGGAAAGAUUUGAGUUUCAUGCUAUUUGGAUUGAAGGGAUUAUGCAAUGCAUAUUUACUGUAACAUACUCAAACCUUUUCAAUGGAGCACCAAGAGGAUGCAUUGUACCUUCUCGUGGUAUCCGACAGGGAGAUUCUCUCUUGCCGUAUAUCUUUAUCCUUUGCAGUGAAGUGUUGUCUGGCCUCUGUCGACGAGCACAACGAACCGGAAAGCUUCAAGGAUUCCGUGUGGCAAACGAAAGUCCUAGAAUAAACCACCUCCUCUUUGCCGAUGAUACCAUGUUUUUCUGCAAGGCAAAUGUGAAGUGCUGUAAAGAAUUAAACAAGAUUCUGGAUAACUACGCUAUGGUCAUGGGCCAGAUGAUCAACUUUCAGAAAUCUUCCAUAUCCUUCUCCAACAAAACUCCCCAGAAUACAUGA